GGAUUCAGCUGGUUGCCCUUGUGUCUCGAGCGUUUGCGAGGAGAGAGUGUUGGCUGCACCCAGCGCAUCCCCAGCACAGGAGCAGCAGCAGCAGCAGCAGCAGCACGGGCUGAACCAUCAACGGCCCGCAGGGGGGAACAGUACGCUUUCUGUGUAUUUACACUACUACACCGUGUAUGUGGCUGUCCGUGCAUCAGAGGAAAAGGCAUCACUUAGGAACCUAUUGACCCAACCGGGGGAAAAAGGAACUAAUACCUCCCCCCUCGCCCUCAUCGAGAGAGUGGUAUCGCCCUCUGUAUCUGCCCCAGCAGCUCACCUGUCAGCCGGGAGGCAUCUUCUCCUCCUGCACCUGAUCCUCAACAUGAUCCUCCAGCCAAGUGCACUUCUCUGCCUCUCCAGCUUGUGGGGUGUCAUCGUACAAGCGGCUUCUCCGAGAAACAAACAAAAACCAAGCCAAGGGCAGUUUCCAGUCACGCAGAAUGCUACAGCUGUCGAAGGAGGAACAAUUAACUUGACCUGCCGAGUUGAUCAAAAUGAUAACACCUCCCUCCAGUGGUCAAAUCCAGCUCAGCAAACCUUGUACUUCGAUGACAAAAAAGCCUUGAGGGACAACCGCAUUGAGCUGGUCAGAGCUUCCUGGCAUGAACUUAGUAUAAGCAUCAGUGACGUGUCUCUGUCAGAUGAAGGACAGUACACCUGCUCCUUAUUCACUAUGCCUGUCAAAACUUCCAAGGCUUUUUUAACAGUUUUGGGUGUCCCAGAAAAUCCCCACAUUACUGGUUUUACAUCCCCCAUUAUGGAAGGAGAAAUAAUUCAUCUUACAUGUAAAUCAUCAGGGAGCAAACCAGCAGCAGACAUCAGAUGGUUUAAAAAUGACCAAGAAAUCGCAGGUGGUCGGAAAAUCCAAGAACAGGACAGUAAUGGGAAAACUUUUACCGUUAUCAGCUUUCUGGAUCUCCAAGGAGACCGUAAAGACGAUGGUGCUGUCAUAAGGUGUAGAGUGGACCAUGAAUCUUUAAACUCCACACCACAGAUUGCAAAGCAAGUUUUAGAAAUUCAUUACACCCCUACUGUGAGGAUCUUGCCCUCCACUCCACUUCCACAAGAAGGACAGCCGCUGAUAUUGACUUGUGAAUCAAAAGGAAAGCCACUCCCGGAGCCUGUUUUAUGGACAAAAGAUGGUGGAGAACUUCCAGAUCCAGAAAGAAUGACUGUCAAUGGACGAGAAUUAACAAUAAGUUUCUUAAACAAAACUGACAAUGGCACAUAUCGAUGUGAAGCCACCAACUCCAUUGGACAAAGCAGUGCGGAAUAUGUCUUGAUAAUAAACGAUGUUCCAAAACCUUUAUUUUCAACCACAAUCAUCCCCUUUUUCACCUCCGCAACAGUCAAAACCACUGUAGCCAUGUCAACCCGCACAACAAAAUCUGCCUUCAGCACCAAAGAUCCUAAUGCAUUGCCUGGGCCUGUUGCGACUGACCAUGCCCUGAUAGGUGGAAUUGUAGCUGUAGUUGUAUUUGUUACACUGUGUUCAAUUAUUCUGCUUGGAAGAUACUUGGCAAGACAUAAAGGGACAUAUUUAACAAAUGAAGCUAAAGGAGCCGAAGAUGCCCCCGAUGCAGACACGGCCAUUAUAAAUGCAGAAGGCAGCCAAGUUAACGCCGAGGAGAAGAAAGAAUAUUUCAUUUAAAUGCAAACCUGGUUAUACCGAGUUUAAGUUAUCAGGCUGACUGCUGGAGAAAACUGGCUAUCACCAUUCAGAGUUCAUUUCUGCCAUCUUCCUCUGCAUAUUAUUAACUUCUGCUAUAAAUAGCCAGCUUAUGCCAACAAUCAGCUGUUGACAACACCACAGUUUGAUUCAUAUUGCCGGACUUUUCUUACCGCUUAAAACCAUGUCCAUUUCUUUGUUCACAUCCAGUUAUACAGUGCUUGAAUAUACAGCCUUAAUAAGUCUCCGUACUGGCAUUUUCCAUUUUGUUUUCUGUGUUUACAAAGAAAUACUUCCAGGCUGCCCUUUGUAUAUCUUUUUUCCCCUUUGGCACACUCUCAAAUAUGUAGGAAGGAAUGUAUAAUUCUAUACAAUGAGCACUCCUCAUUGAAAAGAUUGAAUGCCCAAGUGCAGGAUGAAGCAGAAUGACGGGCACUCAAAGGACUGAAUGAAUCUGAUUUUGACCAACGCUUCAGUCUUCUUUAGCAGCCUUCCUCGAAAAAAAAAAAAAUAAGAACUGAAAUGUUGAUCACAAUCACUUAUUACAAUAUACAUAUUUUUUUUUCGGGGGGGAUGUCAUACCUUCAAUGUAAUUGGUACAGACUUGAUUCAAUAUUGUUGUUUCACAAUCAAUGCUUUAUUCAUUCUCUGUAUCUCAGAACAAUAUGUUUAUGACAUGCACGUAUAAUGGGUGAUAGGACAGAUCUGAGAAGCUUUGCCAUAGUUAAAACAUCAUUUUAAGUUCUACCAAAAUGGAGAGUGCCAUACAUUGCAUUCAUUGGGAUGUGAAGGGUGAGCUGCAGCAUGGAAGAGACAAAUGAUAUUUUGUUUUAAAGCCCUGUUCAAUAAAAUGGUACUAUAUGUCCAUAUUUUUCCUCCAGACUAAAAUGAUGGGUUUAUGUUGGGCAGAGAUGCUGAUUCUAUGACCCAUCGAUUGUUGCUUAAUGCAUUCAGUCAUGUGUUCUUACAAAUUAAUUAUUUCAUGAGCUUUUGGGCUUUUCUUGGCUCUACAUAAAUAUAGAUUCAAAGUUGUUAGACCAUUUAUACCCUCAUAUGGAUUCAUCUCACUACAAUACAAAUGCUGAAAUAGUCAAUUGUUAAAAAAGUUAAUUUUCAGUACAAUUCCAAGCAUUCUCCAGACACAGCUGGGGUACCUCAGGCUUGACAUCCCCGACAUAGGGAAUCCAGUUUAUUAAAUCCUUUUCUGUUACUUGAGUGGACUACACAUUUUUUAUAUUCAGUCCAUACUUUAUGUGGAUUCCACUGCUUUUUUUUCCUUUUUCUUUUUUUUAAAUCUGUAGUGUUAAAAUAUAUUAGCUAGGUAUUUCGGUAUCCUGUAAAUAGUAUAUAUGUUAAAACAAAAAAAAAAAAAGAACUUUAUUUGAUACUUAUUUAACUUUUUUGGAUGUAAGCAAGUCACAAGUUCCCAUUUUCUAAUGUCCCUUAUAUCCCUUUAGAUAUUAAUCAGUAUUAUGUGUAGAUAAUGUGUUUGGAUUUCUGUCUGUAUGUCCUAGCACUGUUCAAUAACAAAACUUUUUUGUAAGUCAUCCUAAUUUGUAUCUGUUAUACAAUGGAAGCACAAUGUUUAAGGAAUGAUACUUUAAGCAAACAACCAGUGCAAAGCCUCAGGUUUUUGAGUAACACUCUUCGAUGUUUGUUCUAUUGCUUGAAUUUUCAUUUUUGAUUUUUUGAUUCAUUUGGCACUUCAAUAGUUUGCUUCUUUUUUUUUUGCCAAAAA